CUGUUGUUGCCAGGGAGCCAGCUCCAUAGCAACGGGAUCAGGAGGGUAAAAAGUUGAAAGAUUUAUUUGUUUGUUUGUUUAAGGGUCACGUGGUGAGGAAGAUGAGGAGGAUGAAGAGUCUCCGCAGCAGGUCAGGAGUUGGACUCAAACUGAACGUUUCCGGUUAAAAAUGCCUUCAACGCUGAUAGUGAAGCCCAAACCGGCGGAGGCGCCGAGGAGGAGCGGAGCGGCGAGGCCGAAGAGGGGCCCAGCGGGGGGCCAGGGGCCCAAACCGAGGGCCAGGUCCUCAUCCGCUGCCCCCAAACCAGCAGGAGCCAAACCCAGAACCGAGCCGGAGCGCCGCAGGGCCAGCAGCUCCGUCAGGCAGCCGGACCCCCGGGAAGGCGCCGGGUGUCCGGGUCUGAGGGAGCAGCGGGGCCCGGGGCCCCACGGGAGGCCCGACGGGAGGCCCGCGGUCCAGAGUCACAAGGCGUUCACCGUCAUCCCUCCAAACCCAAAGAAACGGAGAGAAAUACAGAAAAAGGCGGAGGCGGAGCUAGCCGCUCUGGAGGAGCUGCGCCUGAGCAGAGCCAUGGCCUACGUCUCCAUCAACCCCAGCAGCGUCGGCGGCUGCAUGAGUCUGGAGGAAGUGAGGCUGAAGCAGCAACAGGAAAUGAUGCAAGCCAAGAGGAAACAGAAACAGGUGAGGAAGCAGCUGAUGGAGGAAACGCCUGUCCUGACCAGGUGACUGCACUCAGCGCCUCCUACUGGCUGCAGCUGGUAGCUCAACUCCUGCUGAACACAAGGCAAAGGUUUCCAUCCAUCAGCUGAA